ACAGUUUCCCUCUUCUUCCUUCAUUCCUCGAUCCAUUACCUCCUUCUUGAUUCUUUCGUGAUCCCAUCACAUAUAUCUCAUUAACCAUGGCCGAUUCUCUGACCGAAGAGCAAGUUUCCGAGUACAAGGAGGCCUUCUCCCUUUUUGACAAGGAUGGCGAUGGACAAAUUACCACCAAGGAGUUGGGUACCGUUAUGCGCUCUCUCGGCCAGAACCCCUCCGAGUCUGAGCUCCAGGACAUGAUCAACGAGGUUGACGCUGACAACAACGGCACUAUCGACUUUCCCGAAUUCCUUACCAUGAUGGCCCGUAAGAUGAAGGAUACCGACUCUGAGGAGGAGAUCCGUGAGGCCUUCAAGGUCUUCGAUCGCGAUAACAACGGCUUCAUCUCUGCCGCGGAGCUGCGCCACGUUAUGACCUCUAUCGGCGAGAAGCUCACCGAUGACGAAGUCGAUGAGAUGAUCCGUGAGGCGGACCAGGAUGGUGACGGCCGUAUUGACUACAAUGAGUUUGUUCAGCUCAUGAUGCAAAAAUAGAUGGCUGUUAAUAUUCAAUUUGUUUUAUUUUUUUUGUUAGCGAAAGGGUGGGGACAGAGAAGUGUACUCCACAGUAUCCCAUCUCAUUCCUGAUACAGCUUCUUGUAGUCUAUCUAUUCG